ACAGCAGCUCUCAGCAUACAGAGACACACCGGGCUCAGCUUAUUCAGAAGAGAGACCAAGAUGCUGUGCAGACUGCACCUCACAGGCCCUCAGAACUCCCUGCGAAGCCGAGGUUUAUGGCCCCGGACCGGUUCACUCUUUGAGGAGCUGGAGCGUGAGAUGGACUCUAUGUGGGAGCUCCUGACCAGCAACUGGCGGCCCGCAGCCAGCAGCAUGGUCAGUCAUGAAACCAUCCACAGCUUGGAGACCCCAAGCGCCAAUGACACCUUUGCAGUGACUCAAGAUAUGGCUGGAUUUGACCCCCAGGAACUGGUGGUGAAGCUGGUAGGGGAGAAAGUGGUUCUAACGGGCAGGAAAGCCAGCGAGAUGCCCAACGGACCAUUCCGCUACGAGCUCUUCCGGAGGGCGUGGGACGUGCCCCAGAGCGUGGACCGAGAUCAGCUCAGUUGCUCCAUCUCCAGCGACGGACAGCUCCGCAUCGAAGGUCCUGUGACGGAAGCGGCCAUGAGGACGGUGCCCAUUGCGGUCAACCGAGUGAGAAACGAACCUCAACCAGCAGCUGAAGAAUCCACACCCACAGAAAACAGCCGGGCUCAAGGAUGAAGGAGGCUGGAUGAAAGAGACUUUUUAAAAACUGCAUUGCUGGAAAGCAUGAAGAAAUGUGCACUGCUAAUAAAUAUUUUAGAUAUGGAAUUAUAAGAUCUGGAGGAUAAUCAAUUCUCAAAUGAACUUGGGGGGGGGGAGAAGUGGGUAGCAAGUUGGAGAGAAUUAUUUCAUUUACUAGAAUUCUCAUGGAAAGAAUUUGUGAUGUAGAAUAAUUAAAGGUGGGAUAAAGUGAUGUGAACAAGUUGGUAAAAGGGUUUGAUUCUCAGUCCAAUAUUUAUAUUUUUGCUGCUCAGUUAAAAUAUUGCCAGCUUUUCUUUUCUUU